CAACGCCCCUUCCUGGGCGGGAACGGGACGAGGCGUUAUAGGGCGGGCGGACGGCCACGGGGCGCGGCACCAUGAAGCGGCUCGGGCUGGUGGGGCUGCUCGGCGCGGCGCUGCUUGGGUGCUGGGAGCUUGGUGAUGCUGUCAGAUGCUUUGACAAGCAGUAUGAAUACAGAGACAGGUGCUGCAACCGGUGUCAGCCAGGGGAAAAGCUGGUCUCUGAAUGCAGUGGCACAGAGGACUCUGUCUGCACCCCCUGCGAGAGCGGCCACUACCAGCAGAGCUGGACCAAGGAGAGGCACUGUGCCCCCCACGAUAUCUGUGAAGACAACACUGGCCUCAUCGUGAAGACACACGGCAAUGCGACGCACAACACGGUGUGCCAGUGCCGGGCCGGCACGCACUGCUCCGACACUAGCUGCCAGACCUGCGUGGAGAACCAGCCCUGCCAACGCGGCUUUGGCUUCGUGGCGGCCAAAGCCAUGGCCCGGAUGUCAUCUCCCUGUGAGCCCUGUGCAGAAGGCACCUUCUCCAAUGUCUCUUCCAAAACUGAGCCGUGCCAUCCCUGGACAAGCUGUGAGGAAAAGGGGCUGAUCGUGAAGGUGAAAGGGACCAAUGCCUCAGAUGUGAUCUGUGAGUCGGGCAGGCGCUCCUCGCUCUCGGUGCUCAUCUCCAUCGCUGCCGUGGCUGUCACGUGCCUCGUGGGCAUCUUCAUCUACUACUACCUGGUGCACAGGGAUCCCAAGCGACGAAUGCAGAAGCAGGGAAAAGCUGGGAGGCCCGAAGAGAACCUGGAGACACAUCAGCCCACGGAGGAGUGGGAGGAUCCCUUCCCUGUGCAGGAGACGCUGCUCCGGGGCCAGCCAGUGGCACAGGAGGACGGCAAGGAGAGCCGCAUUGCCGAGCAGGAGAGGCUGUGAGCGGGCCAGGCGCUGCCCCGCCCGUCCCGCCGCGCUCUUCCCGGCCGGGACCGCGGACGCGGGGGUCCCACCGGCGCGCGGCGGCCGGCAGGUGGCGCUGCGGCACCGGCAGCGCGUGGGGCGGCACCUCACGCGGACCCCGCAGCGUGCGAGAGCUGCAGCCCCGAACCCGCGUGAGCGCCCAGCGUCGGCCCUGCUGCGGGAAGACGGCCCCGCCGCCGUGCGCUGACCGCAGCCUGCGGUGCGCGGGCCGGGGUGCCUGCGGCGGGAAGGCUCCGCACACCUCGCCUUGCCAGUCCAUUGCCAGAUGCACCGUGCGGGGCCCGUGUCACUGCAGGGUGCUGGGGGGCUGCAGCAGAGCUGCCGUGCGCCCUGACUCACUGGCAUGAGGCUGGGCGGCAGCAGCACCGAGGCCGGUGCAGGAUCCUGGUAACCAGGAGCCGCUGCAGCCCGUAACCCGCCACCACCCGAGCGCAUGCAGCAUGGCAUAGGAAGGGCCGUAAAUCCCAGAGCCAGGAGCAGCUGGAACACAGAGCGACUUUUACUGUAAGGCAGCGGCACAUUAUUUAAGGCUCCUCUUAAAACCUAAUGUUAGGUUUAAAAAGGGAGAUAAAGGCACGUCAGCAGCUCUCCUGCUCAGGGCUCUGUGCUCCUGGCAGGGCUGGUGGGAUGGUCCCAGGCUGGGCAGCGUCCCCUUGGUACCAACUCAGUGAACAAACACCCAGUCCUUGGGACAGGCAUGACCCCGAUUCCCAUUGGCGUCUCACAUGGGCAACAGACUCAGAACCUCUGCCCUCAAACAGCACCUCCACACACCAGCCCCUUUGGCUCCCAACCUUCCCCAGUGCUGACCCCUCCCUGCCGGCAUGCAGCGUGUUCAACGCCUGCUGCCAUGUCAGACAUGUGCCAUCUCAUUAGUGUGUCCAUCCCCCAAAGUGAGAAGGGGAGCACGUGAGACCUAAUUGAAUGUAACUAAUUAUUCACUCCGCAAAUGCUCUGUUUAAAUGGGAUUGUGAGGGACAGAAUUACUCAUUCUGAAAAGGGGAGAGAAAGAAAGAGAUAAAACGGAGGCGGGUGCUGGAGCUGCAGCUCCCUCUCUCUGCAGAAUACCAAUUACCGGAUGAAGUGAUUGUAUAAAUCUUUACCAAGUGAACGAACUGUGCUAGUCACUUACUCCUGUCCUCUUAUUAUAAGGAAGCAAUGAAAAAUCAUCCCACUCUCCAGUCCACUUAAGAGCUCCCAGUCGCUGCCUCAGAUGCUGC